GCGGUCGGUGUGGCGGCGAUGGGCGGCACGGCGCUGUCGGGAGCCCUGUGGCUGGGGCUGCUGUGGGCCGGGAGCGGGGCCGGGGGCAGCUGCCAGGGAAGGUGCUGCCAGGGCCGGGAUGCCGCCUGCGUCGGCGAGGGAUGGAGGGAGGGAGGCGGCUACGGGACGUGCUACUGCGACGCAGGUUGCCGGCGAGCCGGGGACUGCUGCCACGACCACGGCCAGGCGUGCCCGGCUAUUCCCUGUGUUGUGGGAGAGUGGAGUCAUUGGAGUGGCUGUGCAGAACAAUGUCAUCCUGGGCUGCGGGUCCGUAGGCGCUAUGUACAACAGGAACCUAAAAACGGUGGGGAACCAUGUCCAGCUCUGGAGGAGAAGGCUGGCUGCCUGGAAUACCUGACUUACCAGGGGGAGGACUGCGGCCAUGAACAUGUCCCUGCUUUCAUAACUACCUCUGAAUACGGUAAAGAAAGAAAAAGACGAGCGGCAUCUUCUCUCUGGCCUUCAGACAAAGAAGCAGCAGGAUACUGCGUGGAGUUCAGGACGGAAUCUCUUUCCCAGCACUGUGCUCUGGAGACGCGCCCGUACGCGCGCUGGAUGCAGUACCUGCGCGAGGGACACACCGUGUGCGUCGCCUGCCAGCCGCCGGCCAUGAGCGCGGCCACACUGCGCUGCUCCGGAGACGGCCACAACGCACACGGAGAUAAAAUCUUACACUGGGAAGCAAUUGGCAACUCUCAGUGCCGAGGAACCUGGAGAAAGAUCCGGCAACUGGAACACUGUUCCUGUCCCCUGGUGCAUAGUUUUAUUUUUACAUAAAAGUUUAAAAGACCUUUAAAAUUGCAACAAAAAGACUAAGAAAAUUAACACCAAUGGCCAAGAAACCUGUAUAUUUCUGCUGCAUUUUCUGGGGCCUUAAGAAAUUUUAAAUGAGUCAGGACUUUGGCAGAAUCAUUUCAGGAAAUUCUGCCUUAAUACAAAAUGCAAAGACUGAUCUCUGUAUUAGAACACGAGAAGCACAUUACCCUGUUUCUCUUUUGUAAUUAAAAAGCUAAAGUUUCUAA